GCCAUGCUGCAGCGCGGACGCGCGCAUGCGCAGGGCGCCGCGGGGCCCGGCCGCCCGCCGUGCGCUUUGUGGCGCUGCCGGAAGCGGCCGCGGGGAAGUGGGGCCGAGCGGAGCGGGGCAGCGCGUAGCGGCGUCUCCCCUGUGUCGCCUCGGCCGCCGCGGGCAUCAUGGAGCCGGCGGCCUGAGGGCGGAGCGGCCGGCCCUGCCCCGACAUGCCCGCCGGGCCCUUCGGCGCAGGGCUUGCGGGCAGUCGAUCAGGUUUCUUUUGGAAAGUGGUGAAGAGCAGCAAAAUCACGACAAGGCUUGCUCCUGCGGUGUUGUUUGGAUUGUAGCAUAGAGGCACUAUGUACUCAGAGUGGAGAUCCUUGCAUCUUGUAAUUCAAAAUGAUCAGGGUAAUACCAGUGUACUUCACAGCUAUCCUGAAAACGUGGGGAGAGAAGUGGCAAAUGCAGUGGUGCGUCCUCUUGGACAAGCUUUAAUUACGUCAUCCGUUGGAAGUGAGAGUUUACUUAAAACAGACAAAGAAGUAAAAUGGACUAUGGAGGUGGUUUGUUAUGGACUGACCCUCCCUCUGGAUGGCGAUACUGUGAAGUACUGUGUCGAUGUAUACACAGAUUGGAUUAUGGCUCUUGUGUUACCUAAGGACUCCAUUCCUUUACCAGUUAUUAAGGAACCAAACCUUUAUGUUCAAAGCAUUCUCAAACAUCUCCAAAAUCUCUUUGUACCGAGGCCAGACCCAGGAUCUAGUCAGAUUAGAUUGUGCUUGCAGGUUUUGAAAGCUGUCCAGAAACUGGCUCGCGAAUCGACAAUUAUGGCAAGAGAAACCUGGGAGGUUUUGUUAUUAUUUCUUCUUCAGAUCAAUGACACUCUUCUAGCAGCUCCAACUGUGCAAGGUGGCAUUGCUGAGAAUCUGGCUGAAAAAUUAAUUGGUGUGCUGUUUGAGGUGUGGUUACUAGCUUGUACGCGGUGCUUUCCAACACCACCUUACUGGAAAACUGCCAAAGAGAUGGUGGCCAACUGGCGACAUCACCCUGCAGUAGUUGAGCAGUGGAGCAAGGUCAUCUGCGCCCUUACCUCCAGAUUGCUGCGUUUUACCUAUGGACCUUCAUUUCCUCCAUUUAAAAUUCCCGAUGAAGAUGCUGGUCUGAUUCCUCCUGAAAUGGAUAAUGAGUGCGUUGCACAAACUUGGUUUCGCUUUUUACAUAUGCUGAGUAAUCCUGUGGAUUUGAGUAACCCAGCCAUUAUUAGCUCUACCCCCAAAUUUCAGGAGCAGUUUCUGAAUGUGAGUGGGAUGACUCAAGAACUGAAUCAGUACCCCUGCCUUAAACAUCUGCCUCAAAUAUUCUUUCGUGCCAUGCGUGGGAUCAGCUGUUUAGUGGAUGCAUUCCUAGGCAUUUCACGACCCCGGUCAGAUAGCGCACCACCCACGCCAGUGAACAGGCUGAGCAUGCCCCAGAACACUGCUAUCAACACCACUCCACCCCAUAACCGAAGGCAUCGGGCAGUGACUGUGAAUAAAGCAACGAUGAAAACCAGCACUGUAACUACUGCACAUACUUCAAAAGUGCAGCACCAACCCUCCUCUACUUCUCCACUCUCUAGUCCGAACCAGACAAGUUCUGAGCCACGGCCACUGCCAGCUCCUCGCAGGCCAAAGGUUAACAGCAUCUUGAACCUCUUUGGAUCAUGGUUAUUUGAUGCAGCAUUUGUUCACUGUAAACUUCAUAAUGGAAUAAACAGAGACAGCAGCAUGACUGCAUCUUUUAUCCAAAUUCUUCUUUCUUAUAAAUCUUCUAUAGCAACUCAAGCUAGCGUGGAGUUUCGCCGGAAAGGAUCACAAAUGUCCACAGACACAAUGGCCUCCAACCCUAUGUUUGACACCAGUGAAUUCCCAGACAACUAUGAAGCGGGAAGGGCAGAGGCGUGCGGGACACUGUGUAGGAUAUUUUGUAGCAAGAAGACUGGGGAGGAAAUAUUACCAGCUUACCUAUCCCGAUUUUACAUGCUUUUAAUUCAGGGUUUGCAGAUAGCAGAUUUCGUUUGCCACCCCGUUCUUGCCAGUGUUAUUCUAAAUUCCCCUCCUUUGUUCUGCUGUGACCUGAAAGGGAUUGAUGUCGUGGUUCCGUAUUUCAUUUCGGCUCUUGAAACUAUUUUACCUGACAGAGAACUCUCAAAGUUUAAAAUCUAUGUAAACCCCACAGAGCUAAGAAGAGCUUCGAUUAACAUCUUGCUGUCUCUGUUGCCUCUCCCUCAUCAUUUUGGAACCAUUAAGUCUGAGGUUGUCCUGGAAGGGAAAUUCAGCAAUGAUGACAGUUCAACGUAUGACAAGCCAGUAACCUUCCUUUCCUUGAGGCUGAGGCUUGUGAAUAUACUUAUAGGAGCUUUGCAGACGGAAACAGAUCCCAACAACACUCAGAUGAUACUAGGUGCAAUGUUAAAUAUUGUUCAAGAUUCAGCACUGUUAGAAGCCAUUGGCUGUCAGAUGGAAACGAACGGUGGUGAAAAUAACCUCUUCAAAAGCCACAGUCGUACUAACAGUGGCGUUAGCACUGCAAGCGGAGGCAGUACAGAGCCCACCACACCAGACAGCGAGAGACCAGCACAAGCCCUUCUGAGGGAUUAUGCUCUUAAUACAGAUACAGCUGCUGGACUACUGAUACGCAGCAUUUACCUGGUAACCCAAAGACUCAACUCGCAGUGGAGGCAGGACAUGAGUAUCUCUCUGGCUGCCCUGGAGCUUCUGUCUGGACUGGCAAAGGUGAAAGUGGCGGUCGAUUCCUCUGAUCGGAAGAGAGCUAUUAGUUCAGUGUGCAGCUACAUAGUGUACCAGUGCAGCCGCCCGGCCCCGCUCCACUCCCGCGACCUGCACUCCAUGAUAGUCGCUGCUUUCCAGUGCCUCUGCAUCUGGCUCACGGAGCACCCUGACAUGCUGGAUGAGAAGGAUUGUUUAAAAGAGGUACUGGAGAUUGUGGAGCUGGGCAUUUCGGGGAGUAAAUCCAAAAACAGCGAACAAGAGGUCAAGUACAAAGGAGAUAAGGAGCCAAACCCUGCAUCCAUGAGAGUGAAGGACGCUGCUGAAGCCACACUAACGUGUAUUAUGCAGUUACUUGGAGCAUUUCCUUCUCCCAGUGGCCCUGCUUCUCCUUGCAGCUUGGUGAAUGAAACCACAUUAAUUAAAUAUUCUCGUCUACCUACCAUAAACAAGCAUAGCUUCCGUUACUUCGUUUUGGAUAAUAGUGUCAUCCUGGCGAUGUUGGAGCAGCCUCUAGGGAAUGAACAGAAUGACUCUUUCCCCUCUGUCACGGUUUUGAUCCGUGGGACAUCUGGAAGAUUUGCAUGGGCCCAGCAACUCUGUCUUUUACCAAGAGGAGCUAAAGCAAAUCAAAAGACUUUUGUACCAGAACCUCGACCAGCUCCUAAAAAUGAUGUUGGGUUGAAAUACAGUGUGAAGCACCGCCCUUUUCCCGAAGAAGUGGACAAGAUCCCAUUUGUGAAAGCUGACUUGAGCAUUCCUGAUUUACAUGAAAUUGUGAAUGAGGAACUCGAAGAGCGACAUGAGAAGCUGAGGAAUGGCAUGGCCCAGCAGAUUAUUUUUGAGACUUCCAUAGAUCAGAAGAGUGAAGAGGAGUGGCGGAAGAAGAGCUUUCCUGAUCCGAUCACGGAGUGUAAGCCCCCGCCACCGGCACAGGAGUUCCAGACAGCACGCCUGUUCCUCUCUCACUUCGGGUUUCUCUCGCUAGAGGCAUUGAAGGAACCUGCUAACAGUCGUCUACCUCCUCACCUGAUUGCACUUGACUCUGCUCUUCCUGGGUUUUUUGAUGACCUUGGCUACUUGGAUUUACUACCAUGUCGUCCUUUUGAUACUGUUUUCAUUUUCUACAUGAAGGCAGGCCAGAAAACAAGCCAGGAGAUCCUGAAGAACAUGGAGUCUUCCAGAAUUGUUCAGCCACAUUUCCUGGAGUUCUUGCUGUCUCUUGGCUGGUCCGUUGACGUAGGGAAGCACCCUGGGUGGACUGGCCAUGUCUCAACAAGCUGGUCAAUCAAUAGCUGCAGUGAUGAAGAGGGACCGGAACAAGAUGAUCUAAUUAUUUCAGAAGAUGUUGGGGCAAGUAUCUUCAACGGGCAGAAGAAAGUGCUGUAUUAUGCGGAUGCCUUGACAGAAAUAGCUUUUGUUGUCCCAUCACCAGUGGAGUCCCUAACUGAUUCACUGGAAAGCAACGUGUCUGACCAAGAAAGCGACUCCAACAUGGAUCUGCUGCCGGGAAUAUUGAAGCAGCCAUCUCUGACACUUGAACUCUUCCCCAAUCAUACAGACAAUCUUAAUCCCUCCCAGCGGCUCAGUCCUACUUCCAGAUCCAAGAGGGUGCCUCAGGGCCGGACCAUUCCACCGAUGGGACCUGAAACCAAAGUGUAUGUGGUCUGGGUGGAACGUUAUGACGAUAUAGAAAACUUCCCCCUCCCUGAUCUGGUGUCUGAGACUAGCACUGGUGUGGAAACUACAGCCAAUAGUAGUACUUCCCUAAGAUCUACCAUUCCUGAGAAGGAAGUUCCUGUGAUCUUCAUCCAUCCUUUAAACACUGGCUUAUUCAGGAUAAAACUACAAGGAGCAACUGGGAAAUUCAAUAUGGUUAUCCCGUUGGUGGAUGGAAUGAUAGUCAGUAGGAGAGCUCUUGGUUUUUUGGUGAGGCAGACAGUAAUAAAUAUUUGUCGGAGAAAGAGGCUGGAAAGUGAUUCAUACAACCCCCCACAUGUCCGCCGAAAACAGAAAAUAGCAGACAUUGUCAAUAAAUACCGGAACAGGCAGCUGGAGCCAGAAUUUUAUACCUCGCUUUUCCAGGAGGUUGGGCUCAAGAACUGCAACCCCUAGGUCAUUAUCCUUCCAGGACAAUUAGAUCAGAGCUUGGUGGCUACAGUAAUGAAAAUGGUUAACUAACAACAACAAAUUUCCUCAGCCCUCUGGAAUUCAGGAAAUCAUACUCUAGCACAAGUCAGCAGAUACCAUGUGGGAGGAAAGAGAAAUGAAUCCAAAACAUCGCAGUUGGGAUAUUGACUUAAUUCACCUACCCUCAACAGAUUACUUAAUUUCACUCUUCGUGGAUGCUAGCGACAUAAUCUCUUCACCCAGUCAUCUAUUCCAGACUAAUUAGGAACUGUGUCUCAUUCUGCGAGAGGAAAACAAUCAAAACAAAGCCAUCUCUGCAUAUAAGGAUGGAAAACAAAAUACAAACAAACCUGCCUUCAGACGUCUCGCUACACCCACGUGUUAAAGGAGAAGGGAGCAGGAUCUCUCCUUUGAGGAGUCUCUUUCAGAGCAUUAACUGUCCCUGCGAGAACUUAAAGGACAUUUUCACCCCCCCUUCAGAGCUCCACAGAAGAUCCAAUUUGUGUACCAAAAGCAAGAGGAGGAAAAUUGCUUGGAAACAUCAGGGCGGGAAAUUCCCAGCCAAGACGCUGUAUUUUACAGUUCCCACUGUGCUUGGGAGCGAGGCCAUCUUCAUGCGAGAUUUGUCACACUGACAGCUACCACCACCUGAAAUUACCUGACUUUCCAGCAUAAGUUGUUACUAGAUAAGAGCUCUUGGUUAUAUAAAAACAAGGUUAUGACUUUCAGGUCUGUUGCAAAAUGUCACAUUUAAUUUUAGUAAUGUGAUUUAUUUUUUUAAAUUUUUUAUGCAACUACUUUAACUUAUUUUGAAGUGUAUCACCUACUCACUGUUUCCAUAAAAAGCAUAAACAUCACUUGCUUUCCUUCCAUUGGAUUGAAAUCUGAGAUUCUGGGGCUGCCUCCUGCCUGAUAUUUAUAGCAUAAGCAGCUUUCGCAGCUUCUACAACACUUUUCAGAGGCUCCUGUUAAACAGACUAAAACAACUUGAAAAGAAAAUUCAAGAAUUCUUCUUUUUCCCCAUAAACUUGCCAUUCCAUGAGAGCCCCUUUGGAGUUACAACCUAAAAUUGUUUUGAGUCUACUGUGCUUUCUCAUGCUCAGCAGUGGUGGUUCCCUCUCACCUAGGUCAGAAGUUACUCAUUUUCAGACAGUGGAUUUCAGGCGUUCAGGACUUGGAGGAUGUGCUGAGAAAAGAUGUUUACAACUACAAAUUUAAUAUUGGGCAUAUAAAAGCUGCAGUGGGCGCUGGCAGCCUUGGGAGUGAUUUCAGGCUCCCAACGCAAUCUCAAUUUGUGUUGCAGUAAUGAAUCAUCGCUGGCGCUCCCAAGUAGAUGCAGUUUGUGAUCGCUGGCAGCAGCAUGUGUCCUUUUCCUUCCAGUAAGCAGGUAAUGUAAGAGUAUGAGUGCGAGCAGGAAUUUGGGGAGCUCCUCACGUUACUCCAAAAGUGGUUUUAUUAGCUUUUUAAUAUGCGCUGCAGUGAUACCUGUCAGUCAUGUAAUUUUGCUAUUUCAGAGUUACUUUAUGCAACAGUUCUGACCUGAAACAGGCUUAAUUGUUUCAUUACAACCUGCCAAGGACAUACCCGGCUCCUUCACAAAGACUUAAUGGAAACACAGGCCCCUAAAAAUACACGUGGAAGGGUGUCAACCAAGGGGGUUUCAGGUGACGUGUGCUUGCUGCAGGGGACGGGCACGCUGGCCUCUCAACUCAGGAGCUCUGGAUCUUGAUCCAGAUGAAUCACAAGUGGAAGAAUGAAACCACAUACAGAAAACUACGGUUGAAGUAAGCGGGACGGCUGGCCCGUACGUGCCAGGGUGGCAAAUGGCAGGAGGAGCCGCAAGGCAGCGGUUGGGUGUCUUGGCAAAGCUGUGAAGGGAAACUGGGACGGCCUCACUCCUCUGCCAGGCUCUUCCCAGCAUCAAUUUAAUGCACGGACACUAAAUUUACCCACAUCUCAUGUGCACUUAUUGGAUCUAAUUAAUGGCCAAACACACUUUAGUCCACUGAUUGAAAAGGCAUGACCAAUGCAUGUGUAACAAUAAACAUACUGAGCAAUCAACUGUCUGCACAUCUUCAGUAGCGUACCACCACCACCCACACGCCAUAGCUAAGUGUAUGUUACAGGCAGAGUCAUUGAUUUAUAUUAUCAUGAGCUGCAAAAGGUGCUUCUUUCAGGCAUUCGGGUACAGUUGGUAGCAUAAAACGUGCAUUUGGGGACACCCUGGAUAGUUUUGGCAGAGUCCAAGAAAGCCAAAUGGAGUGCCUGAAAAGUUACUUUUUAUGAAGGCCUGUGCUUGCCUGAGAACUUCUCAGAAGCCUUGAAAGAAGAUAACUUUUGUGCACAUCCUUGCUGCUGAUCCUGCCACUGGGGGAGUAGGCAUUUCUGUCGUGCUCAUUUUGAUUUGUAGAACCAGCUGGUUAACGUCACACACUAUUGGUAUGACCUGGCCACGAGUGGUGGCUUUGAACCUUGAAGAAAGUUGCAGUUUAGUAUAAACAUGUUGGGAUGACAAAAACGUGUUGCCAUCCCACUUGGUUUGGAUGCCAGUCGCGGCAGCGAGUGUCCCUGGCAGAGCUGUGCCGGUGGAAGAUGUUUGCAAGGAGUGUGCACGGAGAGGUGUCCGACUUUGUAAUAAAAUGGAAAACCCCAAUUUGGGAAUGAAAUCCUUGUCCUCUCCAAGUCAGUGGCCAAACUCCGAUGGCCUCAGCCAGUCCAGGGUACAGCCUGGAGUGUUAUUCCCCAAAAGGGUUAGAGCAAAUGAGAUUUAUUUCGGUUGUGAUUGCAAGAACAUGUUAGUCAAGAAUCCAGACUUUUUUAAUCACAAACUGCUGUAUUGAGUUUUCACCUUGACAGCUUGCGUGGCUUGGGUUUGUGUUCCUGUUUGGCGGAGCUGAUGAGCAUUGACCACUCACUUUGUGCGUAGCGUGACGUUAGUCUCGACUCCGCAGGUAACGUAGUGCUGCGAAAGCAGAGUUGCAAAUGUUGCAUCAUAACUAAACUGAGACUUUCUCUUUUCAUAAAACAUUUCUGUUUGGGUUCAUAAUUCUGCUUUAAGUGAUGGCAUCCUUUUAGCCGUGCAGAAAGAGGGGGGACCAUUGUCACCUUGUUAAACACAGCGUUGAAACGACAGAUGUUUUAGUACCUUAAUAAAGACUCUUUAAAGAAAAGCAUUUUUCUUAAAGGUACUUUUAAAAAAAGGCAUUACAACCUUCCAGCAAACAGGAGAGGGGAAGGACGGUGCCUGUGGAAAUGAAGGUGCCGAUGCAGAUAGUGACGUUCGCACAAGGCUGCGGGGAAGAGCAGCCCCUCGCUGCUCGGCGGGCUAUAUGUGCUGGGUUCUCUAUAGGCCACUGCAUUUCUUUCCUUUUUGCAUGCCCAGAAAGAUGAGAGAACAAAAUUUCAAUCUAACAGUCAAAUUUGAUGUGAUUUAAUGAUUGCGUAAGGGAGUGAUGUCUUUGAAGGCAAACACAGACCUUGUCCACAUGGAUUUUAGCAGAAGCAAUUAGAAAUGAGAAUGCCAGAUACCAUGUGCUUCAAUCAUAUACAAUUUGUAUGAAUUUCUGUAUGUUGCCAAGACAUGAUCUUUUUGUUCUUAUUGUAUUUUUCUGUAAAUAUUCCUGGCGCUAAGUUGUAAAGUAAAGGCAAAAUGUAAAUAUGAAGAUGUGAACUAUGUUCCCUUGUCUCUAGUACUUUAUCUCUUCUUUGUUUAGGGAAGGCACACAAAGGCUUGUUUGUAUUUAUGCCAAUUCUUUGUCCAGGAGAAACACAUCAAAUAUUGAAUGUAACACAAUUAGUCCAAUAAAUUUUAAAGAUUCUUAUCUA